CCGCGUUGUCAACAGUGUUUACGGUGCGAUUCAAUUCUUCACCUUAUUAUUAAUUUUUCGGAGCUACUUUUCACCCCGCAAAUCCACCAUCGAAUGGAUUUAAUAAAACACUGAUAAUCGAGGGAAAAGAGUGGAAUAAUCUCGAGAAAUUAAACCAUUUUAAACUAAAAUACGGCAUCAAUCAUGAGAGACAAGUGAUCAAGUGUUCUGACAGAGUGGAUUAAUUCAGAUGUUCUCUAAAUUUAAUAAUAUUGAUAUCAGUGUGAUAAUUGAAAGUGUGAUAGGGUAGAUCAUUCUCGAUUAUAAAUUCAUUGAACAUUGCGUAGGAUGAAUUGUUACAGUGAAAACAGCUCUUCCCACUAUUCUUCGGGCUUAACGGACCAAAACAAAAGUUGAACAGUAGUCCAAAACAAUUGGAAAUAAUACGAUAAACAGCAUACGGAUUUACUUGGUCGUUCGGUGAUCGCGCGAAGUGUUUUGCUGUUGUCAAGUGUUUUUGUUGUGAAUUCGUAACCCAAGCGUUAAUAAAAGGUAGAAGUGAUAGUACGAUGAUUGUGGUGCAGUGAUAAUACCAGUGAUAUACCGCGUGAAAUAUUGUCAUUAAAAAUUCGAUAACUAAAAGUGCAUUGGAUACUAUUGAAAAUGAAGCAGCCCAUGCUGAUUGCGGCGUUCGUCGUCAUCCUGGGAGUCUCAGUAAAAGGUCAAUUUCGAUCGCCUCGAAUAACAGAGCACCCUACGGGCAUAACAGUUGCAAAAAACGAGCCAGUAACCCUGAACUGCAAAGCCGAGGGUAAACCAGAGCCAACGAUAGAGUGGUUUAAGGAUGGUGAGCCGGUGCAAACAUCACCAGGCGAUGCCAAGUCACAUCGUGUGCUACUACCAACCGGAUCCUUAUUUUUUCUACGUGUGAUGCAUGGAAAGAAGGAGCAGGACGGCGGUGUUUAUUGGUGUGUUGCAAAGAAUCAGGCUGGAAGUGUCAGCAGUAGAAAUGUCACCCUCACCGUAGCAGUCCUGCGAGAUGAAUUUCGUGCCCAGCCUCAAAAUACAAGAGUAGCUGCUGGUGAAACAGCUUUACUUGAGUGCGGCCCACCAAAAGGUCAUCCAGAGCCAACUCUCAAGUGGAAGAGAAAUGGUCAUUUCAUAGACUUUGAGUCGACAAAGAGGAUAACUCUGGUUGACGGUGGAAACCUGAUGAUAUCCGACGUCAGGCAGACGGAUCAGGGAAAAUAUCAGUGUAUUGCUCACAAUGUGGCGGGUGAUAAAGAGUCGGCAGUGGCAACAUUGACAGUUCACGUCAAGCCCUCAUUCCUCUCGACCCCAGAGAAUCAGACAGUGUUGGUUGAUACAACCGCUCAAUUUGCUUGUCAUGUCAGCGGUGAUCCACCACCGGAAAUUCUUUGGCGCAGGCACGAUGGAAAAAUGCCCAUUGGUCGCGCACAUAUUCUUGAUGAUAAGAGCCUUAAAAUUGAACGCGUUACACCGCAAGACGCUGGAACCUACAUUUGCGAUGCUGAAAACGGAGUCGGCGCCAUUUCCGCGAGUGCAACACUUACUGUGCAUUCGCGUCCAGUUUUCACGGAUUUCCCAAAGGACGAGAUAGUGAGUACAGGCUCAGACGUAUCAUUCGCAUGUUCUGCCCGUGGGGCACCGAAGCCCGCAAUAUUCUGGUCCCGAGAAGGAUCACAAGAGCUCAUGUUUCCGGGCAAUGUCUACCAAUCUCGAUACACCAUAAACGAGGACGGCUCAAUGCACAUAAAGCAAGUUAAUAAGAAGGACGAAGGCCACUACGUGUGCAGUGCCAUAAGCCUUGCGGGUGCUAGUACAGCAACAAUAUUCCUGCAAGUAAUGCCAAUUGAGGAGGUGCCACCACCAAUAAUUGAACUCGGCCCGGCAAAUCAAACCCUUCCAGUAAAGAGCACUGCGUAUUUACCUUGUCGUGCUGUUGGAACACCCACACCCCGUGUCCACUGGCACAAGGACGGUGUUCUCAUUUCACUGGGUAAUCGAAUCACCAUGUCGAGCAAUGGAACUCUCAUCAUUGACGAGCUACAGUCAGCAGACUCGGGUCUGUACACAUGCAUUGCCUCGUCAGAAUCCGGAAAUACAUCCUGGUCAGCAACUCUGGCUAUAAGUGCAUCGACUACUCUCCAUAAAACACCUGAUAUGUCCGCACUCCCCCAAAAUCCCAGUAAACCAAGAAUUGUCAACAUCACCAGUACCUCAGUGACAUUAACCUGGAGCCCAGGGCACGAGGGCAAGAGUAAAAUAAUAGGCUACAACAUUGAGUACUUCAGUAGCAAUCUCAACACUGGGUGGGUUGUAGCUGCCACGGGAGUUACUGACGACACUUACACUGUCCCAGAAUUGAAGCCAGACACUAAGUACGUUUUCCUCGUGAGGGCGGAGAACAGCCAGGGGCUCUCCUUGCCUGGUCCUCUCUCCGAUGUGGCCCAUACUACCAGUCAAAAUCAGUACUCAGUACCACAGAUUGAAUUGAUUCGAGCGAGAGACAGACUCAACAGCGAAAUUUUACAUCUCAAGGAGGUGCAGCCCCUGACGAGCACGAGUGUCAAAAUUAUUUGGGAUAUCCUGGGAGCUGGGGAUCUUGUUGAGGGGCUCUACAUCAGAUAUCGCGAGAUAUCUGACAAGCCUGAGUAUCAGAUGGUCACUGUUAUGAAUGCUGGUGCGACAAGUUACGUUCUGACAAAUUUAAAGAAAUACACGAUGUAUGAGUUUUUCCUCGUCCCCUUCUACAAGACAAUAGAAGGACGACCGAGUAAUGUUAAACUCUCGACGACGUUGGAGGACGUGCCGUCAGGAUCCCCGGAGAAUGUUCACGUGGGAAUGAUCAACAUGACGUCCGCCUUCGUCAGGUGGGAAGCUCCACCGAAGAGCGACCAGAAUGGAGAGCUGAUUGGAUACAGGAUUCAAAUAAAAAGCAACAGCAGCAAUAAAAUUCUCGGACAGAUGUCCCUCAAUGCCUCGACGACGUCAGUUAUAAUCAAUAGUUUGACAACUGGUGGGCUCUACACAGCUAGAGUAGCGGCAUCCACGAGAGCAGGACUGGGCCCCUUUUCAAAUCCCACUCUUCUCAACAUGGAUCCCGGACAAUUGACGCAAUUGCCUCCAAAAACCGACCCAAGUCACGGCGGCAUAUCGAUAGUUUCAGAGACUUGGUUCCUCAUCCUAAUGAUCACAAUGGUAUUCACUAUUCUGGCUGGACUGGCUGGUGUUCUCUACGUUCGCAGACGGCAGGCAAUGAGCAAGCAGUUGGGCCAUCUCAAUGUGCCUGUUGGCACAGCCAGUGAUAUCUGUCAAUUAAACAAGGACAGUUUGUGGCUGGAGAGAGGCUGGAGACCAACGAAUACCCUUCAGGGAUCAGGGACUGAUAAAGACUGCGAGACGAAGCUCUUGAAUAAUCAGCAGAUGCUAGCCCCUGGAAUCGUGAGCAUGGCGGGCUCUGAGUACGCUGAGGUCAAUCUUACGACUUUUUAUAAUGCCAGAAAACCAGUUCAGGCCCCACCGGAGCCCUACGCUACAACAACCCUUUGUGUGGGCAACAGAAGUCCUGACUCCAUGGACGGAAGUGGUCAAAAGUCAAACUCAAGUGACUCCUGCGUCAAACCAGACUACUCGAAUCUCGACUCUAACCAGGAUCACAAUCAGUCAACGUUAUCACCGAGUAGUGACAACGCAAGCAGUGUCUAUACCGAUGAGAAUGCAGAUAUCCAGCGUCGACCCCAGUACAGAAUGCCAACCAAUGAUAAUCAACAGAGUCAGACGAUGCCAAAUUGGUGUGACAUGCUUCCACCACCCCCCGAGCACCCACCACCCACUGGAACGUCAUUAUCCAGUAGAAUGCAGCAACAAAUAGCUGCAUUCAGUCCUCACCUAGGCAAGAGGAAUGUACAAAACGACCUGGACGCCACGAAUUCAACCAAUUCCCAGAGUCCACCGACCCCACCUGUCAGAGUGGCUAACAAUUUUUCAUCAUCACCGACUCCAUGGAAUGGCGUCCAGCAGCACGAUAGUCACGUGAAUCAUCAGGCAAGGUAUACCACUCUACCACCUCAAACCAAUCCACCCCCGGUGCCAUCGUUUCCCCAGGGCUUCAGCCACUACGACUACAAGAAUCAGGAGAAUGAGUACGAGAGUGGAUCUGUCAUCUAUGGACAUCAAAACGGUGUUAAAGAUGAUUAUCGAUCACAUGACGGUGGAUACAGCCAUCCAAAUCUUCCGAAUCACAGCUCUCACAGUGAUGAUUAUCGGCACAAUGAUGAAAUAUUUAGAAAUGACAAUCUCUAUCAGCCGGAUAAUGAGGAUUGGGACAGAAAAUCGUGUGAUUCUAAUACUCACUCUGAACUGUGCUGCUCGUGCUCAGAGUCCAGUUGCCUUUAUGCUGAUACGAUGGAGUAUAAUAAUCAGUUUGGUACUGGCUGUGGGCACAGGAAUAGCUCCAGGAGCAGAAACAACAGGAGCCCACGGAGGAGAACUAAUCGAACGUCAUCGCCGACGUACAGCAGUGACAGCAAUUACUCGUGUAUUCCGAAGAGACAGUGCGGCCCAGCAAACUCGCAGGAGAGACUCAGGCAUAAUCGCAGUAAAGACAAAGUGCCUAGUUUUCCGAGGCCUGGGUAUAACCAACACAACUCAUCAGCUUCGAAUACAAUGUCGAGCUCAGGAAGCCAGAGGUACAACAAGCUCAACAGCCUCUUCAAUCCAAACGGUCCAACCGAGACAACUAGACUGAGCGACCAUCGAGAUAGCUAAGCAAUAUGGAGUAUUCAACUAAACCAACACCACCCUAUUUUCACCAAACAUAAAUGACACACUAUUCUCACCUCAGACAAGCCACAAGCGACAAGCCACAGUGAGCCAAUAUUGAACCUGACAAGGGAAUUGCCAUUGAUUCCUUGAUAAAUGUCAUAUGAAAAAAAAAAAAUGCGGCAUUUAUUUUUCACUAGCUUGUAAAAUUUCUCCCUCGUCAAGACAAAUAAUUGACAUUAUUUUCGAUAUAACGUUCCUAACUCAUAAGAGAACAAAAAUACAAGUUAUUCGAUAUGAAUUAAUCGUACAGUAUCUCUUCCAGAAGAAACAAAUGAAAUAACUCACUGAUAGUACGUUUGAGAAUAAUGAAGGUGCAUUAUCAUAUCAAGUGGUGUUUUUUGUAAAGAAUUGUAAAAAGUUAAUUAAUGGGGAUUAGUCACUAGAUUAAUUAAUAGUAGAAUUAAGUCUGGUAAUCGAUAAGUAAGGGGGAUAAAUAGAGCGAUGAUUUAGGAAAACUUCGCUAAGGUAAGGCCACACUGCGUUUAAAUCCUGACAAAUAAGUGAGAAUGUGAUUUAAAAAGCGUUUGAUUUUCACUCGCUGCUUAUUAAUGUUUCGAAGGUGCAUUCAUAAACUUCUGAUGCUUCCAGAGGGCCUCUGAGAGGUCGAAGAAGUAGGGCAAUUGUAAAGUAUCAAUCACUAAACCCUCAUUCAUUAAAUCUCGUGAUUAAUACGUUGAGACUUUCCGUUGCAUUUUUUUACCUGAGACAAAUACUUGCCCGCGUUAAUAACCUUCUCAACUGUAGAUAAACACUUGUGAAUACAGAAUAUAAGACGUACUAUAUUUAAUCUAGAUUAGCUAAUUCAAUCUAGUGUGGUUUAAUAUAAAACUUGUACAUUGUUUUCUUACUCCUUAUUUUCGGUGACGUUCACAUAAGACAAGUAGAUACCGAUGCCAUGUAAUCGCUCAAAUUAAAUGUAAUUAGUCGAUAUACUAGAACUAGGUAAUGUUAAAUUGGCUGAUAGAGUUGAGUAAUCCCAUACAAUCGAGUCGAGUAUUGUCAUUGGCAAUGUUUUAUUAUCACUGCCACACUUCCGAGACUUGUGAAUAUCCGGCAAUAAAAAAUAAAAGAAAAAUUAAUGAUCAUUAAUUACUCUGCCAAAUACUCGACAAUUGUAUUGAAAUCAACAACUGUGCAGAAUCCAUCCAUGAAAUGAAGGAAUAAAUCACAACUCGUUAUCGAACAUCUUAGUUAGUGAUUUGUAGAAUAAUUGAGGUGAGAGUUUAUUGCUGGAGAACAUCGAGCCAUUUUGCCAGCGCAGGGUGCGAGUAAAUGUAUUAUUUUUAUAAUUGAUAAUGAAUCUCGCGAAAGUUGACAGAAUGGCCCGUAUAGUUUUGUAAAAUAAACGUUGUAAUAAGCCAUUUGAUUGAAUAAUUGUUCGAAGGGAGCCUAGGUGCACACGUACUAUUAAAUUGUAACUGGGCAUGCAUGGAGAUGAAGAAGUAGACAUUGUAGCUACAGCCACGUUAUUCAUAUCAUUAUAUCCGUGAAAAAUACAUCAAACUAACAUGAAGACUGGGUUGUAUAAUUGCGUUGCCGGAUUAGCUCGGAAGUGUACACUAAAGGCUGAGAUGAGUGUUAUCAUACAAUUAUAUUAUUUAAUGAAGAAAUGAAUAAUGCAUUUUCCUUCUACCCCCUAGACAGUGUAAAUAUCGUGGAAAUGGCGAAAGGUAAAUGUUUUAUAUAGGGUUAUAAUUUAUUUAUUAUAAAAGAAAAAGAAAUAUAGGGCGAUUGUAUCAUGGGGAGAACUGUGAGUUCUAUUAUUAUGAAGGCAUAAUAUUAUGAGAUCAACAGCCCGCAGACACCCAAAACACAUGACUGUAGAUAAUUUAUAACAAUCGCUAUUGUCAAGUACUACGUGUACAUAUUUAUAUGUAUAUGUAUGCAGCGAUGUGGGUACAUAUACGUAUAUAUAUCAUUGGAUAUUACACUAAUAAACGAUAAAUAAAACGUAAUGUUAAAAAUUUCA